AAGACACUCAAUGCGGAGUCCUACUUUGAUCUGAAUUCCGUAGCCGCUUUAAAUGAUCAUGGACUUCACCAUUGUGAUAAAAACUUGGUACAGUUAUGCUGCUCUGAACGAAUAAACAUAUGUUUCUAACUUUUAACAUAUUACUUUUCAUAAUAAAUAUUACAAUAAUAUCAUAAUGAUAUUACUACAGAUUCUGUUUUGUUUAAAUGUGAUUAUUAUUAAUUAUGCAGAAAUUAAUUUGUAUAUUUCUCAGGGCCAAGCCAAUAAAAUACUAGGAUUAGAUGGUGAAUUGUUUUAUAUCAGAAAUGGGCAUGUUAAUUGGAUGGCUGUUAGAUAUAGUUUAAUGAUACCAGAAAAUAUUGAUCAUGUGCUUUUUGUUUGGCAAGAUAAAAAGUUAAACUCUCCUACUCUGCCAACUUUAUACAGUAUGCAUCUAUAUACAAAUGAUUUUCAUAUAAUCAAUUCUCCUGAGAUUAAUUUAAGCGAAAUGGGUAAAUUACCUGUUCUUGAAGAAGAAGAGUUUAAGUUAAAAAUAACAUGCAAAGAAAAGAUUACAGGAUCGUCAACUGUGGAACUUCAUAUGAAUCUUUCUGUAGAUGAUUCUGAAACAUUACUAGAGUUAAAAUUCAGUUUUACAAAAAUGUGUAUGGAUUCUUCGUACAUUGAAGAAAUAAAUAGAGAUGCUAUAAAACUGGUUAAUAUUUUAGUUAAAGAACGAGAGGAAUCUGUUGAGCAUGGCGACAAAAAAGGUUACUUAUAUAUUGGUGCUGGGGUUGCCUGUGCUUCAGUUAUUAUUAUAGCAGCAGGUGUUGCCUUUUUGCAUGUUCAUUCUAUGCCAAAAUAUGACGAUGAAUCAAAAAAUGUACUUAUAGGAAGUGAAUCAAGCAUUGAUGCGCAAACAAUAACACAGGUGUUUCGUGCAACAGUAGCGGAACGCAAGCAACAUGAACUGUUACUUAGAUUGAAAGAACUUAUGAUCAGAAGAAACAUACUUACUAUUUCCAAUGCAGUUCAAGAAGGAUCAUUCGGAAGGGUAUACAUUGGAAAUCUUGUUAAUGUAGAAUGUGGUGAAGAUCUAAAAGUGUUAAUAAAAACUGUGACAGAACAUGCUACGUCAGAAGACGUCAUUUCAUUUAUACAUGAAAGUAGUCUUUUGAAGCGCACCAAUCACCCUAAUGUUCUAACGCUUAUGCAUGUAUGUUUGGACGAUAACAAUAUACCUCUUAUGGUAUACCCAUACGUUAAUAGAGGUAAUUUGAAAAACUAUUUAAGAUUGUCAAGAACUGCAGAACCUUUAGCAAAGGCAUUGACAACAAAAGAUAUUGUCUUGAUGGCAUUGCAAGUUGCACGUGGUUUGCAGUAUUUACAGAAGCGUCGUUUUAUUCAUAAAGAUGUAGCUACAAGAAAUUGCGUAGUUGAUGAGGACCUCCAUGUAAAAUUAUGCGACACUGCUUUAUCUAAAGAUUUCUUUCCAGGAGAUUAUCAUUGUCUUAAUGAAAAUGAAAAUCGGCCAAUUAGAUGGUUAGCAACAGAAUGUUUAGAAACAAAUACAUAUUUAUAUGCAUCAGAUGUUUGGAGCUAUGGUGUACUUUUAUGGGAGUUAAGUUGUUUGGCUCAAACACCCUAUGUUAAUGUUGAUCCUCAUGAAAUGUUAACUUACCUAAAAUCUGGUCUUCGCUUGCCGCAACCACUUCAUUGUCCGGAUGACUUUUUUGCUGUAAUGGCAUGCUGUUGGGCAUUAUCUCCGGAAGACAGACCAAAUAUUACUCAAAUUAUUGGUUGCCUCGAAGUCUUCCUUGAUACACUUAAUGCUUUUAUAUAGUAUGUUAUAUAAAAUUUUAAAAAUUUUUAAAAUAAAAUUUAUAUAGUAUGUUACUACCGAUAAAAAAUGUGUUGAAAUAAAAAAACAUAAUAGCAUUAUUUAUCAAUUUAUAUAAUUUGAAUCAAAUGUUUUUUG